CAAAUCACUACAAUGAAAGAAAAAUAUGUUGAGAAGAUUAUCAGCUAUAUAUUUUGUUUUUAUUUGUUUUAUUUCUGGUUCUGAGAAACAGCAAGGAUAUUUAAAUGGAUAUUCACCUGUUAUUUUAAAUAAUACUAUAUCUCUUCAAGAAAGGACAUCAUUUAGUUUCCGAACAUGUUCCUCUGGUCUGUUGCUCUAUCAAAAAGGCAAAAAUGGAGACUUUUUAUCUCUUGACCUUAAGGAGUCAGGCCAAAUAGAAUUCAAGUGGAAAAUAAAUGGUCAAGAACAAACUAUUUUUGGUGGAACUAAACUAAAUAAUAAUCAUUGGCAUAAUGUGGAUUUAAUUCAUAAUGUAGGAACAUUAACUUUAUAUAUAGAUUUUGAGUCAUACAUUGUUGCUAAUAAUACUUAUCAUAGUAAUAUAUUUAAAAUUAAUUUAAAAGACGAUAUUCCAAAUUUAUAUGUUGGAUACAAUUUCUCUGGCUGUAUAUUACAAGGAAUAAAUAUUUUAUUGAAUUCUUCCACAAAUGGAAAUCUUGUUCAAUGGGAUAUAUGUCCUUUACCUGAUAAAGAAGAUUGUAGUGGAUAUGGAACAGCUUGUUUUAAUGAACCUUGUCUAAACAAUGGCAUUUGUGUUAAUACUCUUGAAGACAACAGAGGUUAUACUUGCCAAUGUACUCAACGUUAUAAAGGUGGAAACUGUGAAUAUGAUGAUGGUCCAUUGUGUAGUUUCGCUUUUUGUCAGAAUGGUGGUUUUUGUCGUGAAGAUAAACUUGGAAAUUAUUCCAAAUGUAUAUGUUCUCCAAAAUAUACAGGACUACGAUGUGAAACUAGAAUUGAACAUAACUUUUGUGAUUCCCAGCCCUGUCGCAAUAAUGGUAGUUGCAACAUCAAUCAAUCCGAAAAUGGAUAUGUUUGUACUUGCACAGAAGGAUUUACUGGAAUAAAUUGUGACACAAAUAUAAAUGAAUGUGAAUCAAAUCCCUGCAAAAAUAAUGGUGUAUGUAUGGAUAAAAAUAAUGGUUAUGUAUGUGAUUGUAAUGGAACAGGAUAUAGAGGAGAAAAUUGUGAGAUCAAUAUAAAUGAAUGUGAAGAAAUUAAUCCAUGUCCCAGUGGAAGUACUUGUUUUGAUAGAUAUGGCGAUUUUGUUUGUCAGUGUUCUCAUGGUUUCCAAGGAAAAUAUUGUACUAAUGAAAUUAAUGAAUGUCUUUCUUCACCAUGUCUAAAUGGAGGAUCUUGUAUAGAUUAUUUAGACAGAUAUGAAUGUCAAUGCGUUCAAGGAUUUAAUGGCAUUAAUUGUGAAAUAAAUGCAAAUUGUGAAAAUGGAAAUUGUCAAACUAAUUCAACUUGUGUUAAUGAAGGUGGUAAUUACUAUUGUGUUUGCAAUCCAGGUUAUAGUGGGCAGUAUCCCAACUGUUUCAAAAUUGAUCAUGUUGAAUGUUCUGUUAAUUCUUGUCAGAAUGGAGGAAGAUGUAUUACUGGAUCCGGUAUAUGUGAAUGUUUACAAGGAUAUACGGGUCCUUUAUGUGAAACAGAAAUUAAUGAAUGCUUAUCAAAUCCUUGUUCAACGAAUCGUAGUAUCAAGUGUAAUGAUCUAGUUAAUGAUUACCAUUGUGAAUGCUUACCUGGAUGGAAAGGCAAGAAUUGUGAUGAAUAUAUCAGUGAAUGUGUAUCUCAACCUUGUUUGCAUGGCAAUUGCAUUGAUGUACCUAACAAUUAUUCUUGUUCAUGUCAUCCUGGAUAUACGGGUCUGCAAUGUGAAAUUAAUAUCAAUGAAUGCGAAUCCAAUCCUUGCCAGAAUGGUGGAGUUUGUGAGGAUGAUAUUAAUGAUUUUAAAUGUAUCUGUUUGCCUACAUACAUGGGAAAAUUCUGUUCUGAAAUCUUCAAUGCCUGUGCAUCAGCACCUUGCAUGAAUGAUGGCAUUUGCCAUACAAGGAUGCCAUCGACUGAUUUUUCCUGCAGCUGUCAAGAAGGCUUUACUGGUAGUCACUGUGAAACAAAUAUUAAUGAAUGUGAAGGAGUAAAUUGUCCAUUUGGGCAGGAAUGUGUUGACCUUAUAAAUUCAUAUGAAUGCAGGUGUCCUGUUGGUUUUACUGGACCUGACUGUUCAACAAAUAUUAAUGAAUGUUUAAGUAAUCCUUGUAUAAAUGGAACAUGCCAAGACAAUAUUGGAAGUUAUACGUGUAUUUGUCCGAAUGGUGUUACUGGAAAGAACUGUGACGUUGAUAUUGAUGAAUGUUCACUAUUACCUUGUAGAAAUGGGAUAUGCCAAAAUUCUUUUGGAUCGUAUCAUUGUUAUUGUACACCUGGCUUCACAGGAGAUCAGUGUCACAUAGAAUUUAAUGAAUGUUUAUCUAUUCCCUGUCAAAAUAAUGGCACUUGUUGGGAUGACAUAAAUGAUUAUCGAUGUGCUUGUAUACCAGGAUUUACAGGAAGGCAUUGUGAAAUGGAUAUUGAUGAAUGUCAAAAUCAACCUUGUUUGCAUGGUGGUACUUGCCAAGAUAGGAUAAAUACUUAUAAAUGUAAAUGUUUGCUUGGUUUUACUGGAGUGAAUUGUGAAAUCAACAUUGAUGAAUGUGAAUCUUCACCUUGUGUAAAUGGACAAUGCAUUGAUUUAAUAAAUGAGUUUUCUUGCAAUUGCUCUGAAACAGGCUAUACUGGAAGUUUGUGUGAAAUAAAUAUUGAUGAUUGUGAAUCUUCUCCUUGUCAGCAUGGUGCGACUUGUAUAGAUGAAAUAAAAAAUUAUCAUUGUAAUUGUUAUCCUGGCUUUAAUGGCAGAAACUGUGAGAUUGAUUUUCCUGAUUGUGAUCCUAAUCCUUGUUAUAACAGUGCACUUUGCCUUGAAAAUUCUAAUCAAACACUUUAUGAAACAAAUUAUCUUGGCUUUUUUUCUGGAUUUUCUUAUGAAAAUGCUAGUGGAUAUCGCUGUUUUUGUCCUCAAGGAUUCACUGGUCAAAAUUGUGAAGUUGAUAUAAAUGAAUGUGAAGAUAAUAAAUGUGUAAAUGGAACUUGCAUUGAUGAAGUUAAUGGUUAUCACUGUCAGUGCUUACCUGGUUUUGAAGGAAUGUAUUGUGAUGUUGAAAUAAAUGAGUGUUUGAAAUUCUCACCGUGCAAAAAUGAUGCCGUCUGCACUGAUCUUAUUGCUGACUACAAAUGUGAAUGUCCUUCUAGAUAUGGUGGAAAGAAUUGUGAUAUUGAAUUACUCGGUUGUAUUAAUAAUAAAUGUGAAAACGAUGCUAAAUGUAUUGCAUAUCUUGAUGAUAACAACAAUCAUAAAUAUUUGUGUGAAUGUCCAUUGGGAUUUUAUGGAAAGUAUUGUAAUAUUAUAACAACUGUGUCAUUUGAGUCACUUCAGCAAUUUAGUACAGUUGCAAGAGCAAAUAUUCCAACAUAUUGGAAAUUACCAGUUACUGUAAAUGACACAAUGUCUUAUAACCUAACAUUUCAAUUUAGAACAACAUUACCAACAGGUUUACUUGCUAAAGUAUCAACUGAUCAUGCAUCUUACAUUGUUUAUUUAAAUAAUGGUGCAAUACAACUUGAUAUAUAUAAUAAUACUCAUUAUUUUAAUAGUUUAUUCAUUGCCAAUAUGUAUAUUAAUGAUGCCAAAUGGAAGAAUGUAACAGUAAGUUUAACUCCUUCAGUUAUUAUAUUUAAUGUAAAUGACGAUGAAGAACAGCUUGCCUUUAAGAAUUCUUUGAAUUUUCAUUCAAUAAUUCUUGGAGGUCAGAUGCCAGGAAUAAUUCAACCACCAAAUAAUUCAUCAGAUAUACCAAAUUUUAUUGGUUGCAUUAGAGAAGUGAAACUCAAUGACAGAAUUUUCAUACCAGAUGAUAAAAGUUAUGAUUUAUCAGGUGGAAAAAUUGGCUGUAAUCGAUCGAAACAAUGUUAUGAAGAUACAUGUGAGAAUAAUGGUCAGUGCAGUGACAAGUGGAAUGUAUACUUUUGUAAAUGUCAACGAUCAUUUUUUGGAGUUAGAUGCAAGUACAGUUAUACUCCUGUAACAUUUAGUCCUAAUAAUUCUCAUGGUUGUGCUAGUCUCCAAAUUAAUGAAAACGAUACCAAAUCUAUGGAAUAUCAAGUUAAUGUGAGCCUUAUAUUUAGAACCAGAAAGGACAAUGGAUUAUUAUUUCAUUUAGGUUCUUCUCAAUCAAAUUCGUCAUACUUUAUAACCAAUUCUUUGGACGAGACACAAAAUUCUUAUUUAGAAGCCUUCCUUAAAAGUAGCAAACUUCAUAUUACAUUAAAAGUUAAAGGUAUUUCUUCAAAAAAUAUUAUUACUAUUCCGAGGAAAUUUGAUGACGGUGAAUAUUAUUUAUUACAAAUUGUUAGGAAUAGCUCAGCAUUAGUUGCUUACAUAAAUGAUACACAAAGUGGAGAAGUUGUCUCUAUUAAUGAAACUGCACGUCUUGAAGCUAAUAUUUUGUAUAUUGGAUCAUAUUCUAAUUGUCGAAGACAGAAACGUGAAGUUUUUGAUACGACUAAUGAUUUAACUACAAUUCAUUCGAGAGAUAAUGGCUUUAGUAUAUAUUCUGGUACUAAUACAGGAUUUUUUAAAGGAAUAAUUAGUGACAUGAGGGUGAAUGAAAAAGUUGUCGUUUUCUUUGAUUUGCCAACUAAUUCUUCAGAUACAGUUGGAUUUCCCGAAACCCUUGGGAAAGUGCAUAUGGAAAAUGUAAUUAAAGGUGUAAUAUCAGAUGAACCAUGUGAAUUUAUUUAUCCUUGUGAGAAUGGUGGUACUUGUAAAGAUAUUUGGAAUGCUUAUCAAUGUGUAUGCACAGAAGAUUUCAGAGGUGAAAAUUGUUCUGAACGACAGCCAUGUUCUUUAAAUGAAACACAAUGCCCUUCAGGUUCAAGAUGUCAUAAUAUGAAUGAAGGUUAUCAAUGUGUUUCUUCAGUUGCUUUUCGUGAGAAUACAUUUAUACAUUUGAAGCCAAAAGACUUAAAAUCUAUAGAUAAUAUCACAUUUCUCUAUAGAACACUGGAUGGAGGAAAUUUAAUGAAUAUUAAUUAUUUCAAUGACAAUUUAUCAAUUUCAAUCUUGAAUAAUUCUCUCUUGUUGCAAUGGUUAACUUUUGACAAUGAAGUUGUUAAUAUUUCAGAAUCUUAUGAUAAUAUUUCAGAUGGAAAUUGGCAUAAAAUGACAGUAACUUUUAAGGAUAAAAACAUCUCACUUCUUAUUGAUACUAAUUUUACAUUGGAAAUAAAAAAUGAUUAUGGAAAUAAAAUGUUUAAUGACAUAAUAUUAGGAUCAUUGCUUAAUAAUGAUGGUUUUAGAGGAUGCAUGGAUGAAGUCAGAUUAAAUAAUUUGUUGUUACCAGUUUUUAAAACUAAAGAAUAUCCAAAUAAUGAAUCCAAUUUUCAAAUCAUCAAUAAUAAAAAUGAGCAUAUUGGAUGCAUUCUUUGUUGGGAAGAUGAAUGUAAACAUAAUACAUCUUGUGAAAAUGAAAUAGAAUCAUUUGAAUGUAAUUGUCGAAAAGGAUAUGAAGGUCGAUAUUGCCAAGAUGAUGAAUGUGACAAAAAACCCUGCAAGAAUGAUGGUGUCUGUUACCAUACAUAUGAUGAUGGCAUUAAGUGCAAUUGUUCAUGUGAUUAUACAGGAGACAGAUGUGAAACAAAAGUAGAUCAUUGCCAAAGUAAUCCUUGUCAAAAUGGAGGAAUAUGUUACAAUGUGAAAUGUGAAUUUCAAUGUAAUUGCACUGAGGACUAUGAAGGGACUAAGUGUGAAGUACCAAAAAUUAAAGACUGUAGAAGUAAUCCUUGUUUGAAUGGUGGAACGUGUAUUAACACAGAUCCUGAAAAAAGUUCUGUAAUGUUUAUUUGCAAUUGUCCACUUAAUUAUACUGGCUUAAAAUGUGAAACAGAAAGAGAUUUUUGUGAAAGUUCUCCGUGUCAUAAUGGUGGAACUUGUCACUCCGAAUUGUCACUGGCUGAUUUCAGUUGCAUUUGUCCUAGCGGUUAUAGUGGGAAAAUGUGUGAAAAUGAGAUUAAUGAAUGCGAGUCAAAUCCUUGUCAAAAUGGAAGAUGUGAAGACAGGAUUGGAAUGUACUAUUGUCAUUGUUAUUACGGCUAUAAAGGAGUUCAUUGUGAAAACAGAAUUGUUAAAUGUAAUGAAAAGCAGGAUUUGUGUAAUAAUGGAUCUUGUGAAGAUCAAAAUGAAUCUUACAGAUGCUUGUGUAAAAAUGGGUUUCAUGGAAAUCACUGUAGUUUAGUUGAUAUGUGUAAAGAGAAAAGUCCUUGUGAUGCAAAUGAAAGAUGUAUACCAAUUGGCAAUGAAGAUAAAAAUUAUUCUGCUUAUGAAUGCAAAUGUGAAGAUGGCCCUUGCACUGGUGCUGAAGUCGAUUGGGCUAUAGUUGUAGGAAUCACAGUUGGUUGUGCUUUCCUCCUUUGUAUUCUGAUUGCAAUCAUUAUGUUUUUGAGAGUUGCAAAAAAGAAGCGUGCGACACGCGGUACUUACAGUCCCAGUAGACAAGAAAUGUAUGGCUCGAGAGUCGAAAUGAAUCACGUAAUGAAACCACCUCCAGAAGAAAGACUCAUUUAGGAAAUCCUGUUAAAUAUUAUUUGUAUUACACAUUCCAGCCAAAGAAGUCGUGGGAUUAAUCCAUAAUAACAAAAUUUUCACCAAUCCAUCCAUUAGUUAUUGUGGAAUUCUAAAUUUCCUCUGAUUUCCAAUGUUUAAUUUUUGCAGAAUUUAUAUAAGUAUUUUAUGAAGAGUUAAUAUUUGUCUAACCAAAGAUUUCUAUUCUAUUAUCAAAAAAUGCAAAUAAACAACGGAUAGAGAUCUAAUUUUAUAUAUAUAGAGAGAGAGAAAUAUAUUAUUUAUAAAUGAUAGUCAUAUAUUAAAGUACUUAAAUCAUCACUAACUGUAAAGUUAAAUAUUUUUUUAAAAGUCUUGACUUCCUUUAUAAUGUUUAAGAAUGAAUAUUUCCAAAAUUCUUAAUUUUUUUUAUAAGUUAUAUUAUAAGCACUUGGUGUUAUCAAAUAUAAUGUGUCAUACUUAACUAUGUCCAAUUUCAUUUUUAAUAAGAUAAUUUUAUUGAAUUUUAAUAUAUGUAAGUUAUUAUUUGCAUUUUAAAAUUCUGUA